AUGUCAAAAAAAUUGAGUAUUACAGAAACCAGUAUUAUUCCUAUUGCUCACGCUGAAGCUCCAGCUAAUGAACCCGAGAACGAAGAAGCACUUGCAGAACCUGAAGAUCUAAAGCCACAGAUCGAAGAAGAAUGCGGUGAAACCACAGCUUGUAAACCUUUAAAACAUCACCUUGAAGAAUGCGCUCGUCGUGUUGAAGCAGGUGGAACCGAUGAAACUUGUGCUGAAGAAUUAUUACACUUUAUGCAUUGUGUAGACCAUUGUGAAAGCGCUCGAAUUAUCGCGUCAUUUCGUGGGAUUUUUGUUUGGAGACAAGUAAAGGAUAAGGAUGUACCGAAACCUAACUUUGCGUUAUCUGGAAAGCUUGUAGCAGAAACUAAUUCUUAUAAUGGAGUUGUAUUGAAAUAUUUUGAGCCACCAGAAGCUCGCAAACCAACAAAAAGAUGGAGGUUAUACGUAUUUAAGGGAGAUAAAGAAAUAGAUAUUCUUCACAUACAUCGACAGAGUGCAUAUUUAUUUGGCCGAGAGAGAAAAGUAGCUGAUAUCCCAAUUGAUCAUCCUAGUUGUUCCUCUCAGCAUGCUGUGUUGCAAUUUCGUCAAAUAACCACAACAGAUGAUGAAUCUGGGGAGAAGCUUUCUGAGAUCAAACCAUAUAUUAUAGAUCUUGAUUCAACAAAUAAAACUUUUGUUAAUAACAAUCCAAUUCCACCUUCAAGAUAUUAUGAGUUAAAAGCAUCUGAUACUAUAAAAUUCGGUUUCAGUUCUCGCGAUUAUGUUUUGAUUCAUGAUGAAUUAGAUGAUGGAAACCCUUGA